CUCUUUUCCUCUCUCCUCUCGUACAACAGCGGUAACUACUGGUUAGGGAAAGGAAGGGAAAAUAUAAAACAGCCACCAUUGAAAUCCUUUCUUUCUUCUUCUUCUUCAUCAUCAUCAGUCGAAAAACCUAAAUUCAUUUCAAUGGAUUCACAGCUUUAUCAAGCUCAGAUCGCUGCGAUCUUAGGUCCCGACUCAAGCCAAUUUGAAACCCUAGUUUCUCAUCUUAUGGCAGCAGGGAAUGAACAAAGGUCACAAGCUGAAAAUUUAUUCAAUAUCUGCAAACAAGAUCAUCCAGAUGCUUUAACACUUAAACUUGCUCAUGUUCUUCAGAAUUCUCCACAUCUCGAAGCCAGAGCUAUGGCUGCAAUUCUUCUCCGAAAACAACUUACUCGGGAUGAUUCUUACUUAUGGCCCCGUCUUUCACAAUCAACACAAUCAGCCCUAAAGAAUCAUCUUCUAAUUUGUGUUCAAACUGAAGAAGCAAAAUCAAUCUUAAAAAAGCUUUGUGAUACAGUUUCCGAGCUUGCUGCUGGUAUUUUACCUGAAAAUCAUUGGCCAGAAUUACUUCCUUUUAUGUUUCAAUGCGUUACUUCUGAUAAUCCACGUCUUCAAGAGUCUUCUCUAUUGAUGUUUGCUCAGUUGGCACAGUUUAUUGGGGAUACCCUAAUUCCACACAUUGAUACUCUUCAUAGAGUGUUUUUACAGUGUUUGGCUUCUUCUUCUAGUCCAGAUGUUCGAAUUGCUGCACUUGGAGCUUCGAUUAAUUUUGUGCAGUGUUUGACGAGUCUUUCUGAUAGGGAUAAGUUUCAAGAUCUUUUGCCAGUGAUGAUGAAGACGUUGACCGAGGCGUUGAAUUCUGGUCAAGAGGCAACUGCUCAAGAGGCGCUUGAGUUGUUAAUUGAGUUGGCUGGAACAGAGCCAAAGUUCCUAAGGCGGCAAUUAGUGGAUGUUGUGGGAUCUAUGUUGCAGAUUGCUGAGGCUGAAUCAUUGGAGGAAGGCACUAGGCACCUUGCAAUCGAGUUUGUGAUUACUCUUGCAGAGGCAAGAGAAAGGGCGCCUGGAAUGAUGAGGAAAUUGCCACAAUUUAUUAGUAGGUUGUUUGCGAUUUUGAUGAAGAUGUUGCUUGAUAUAGAGGAUGAUCCAGCAUGGUAUAAUGCCGAGACUGAGGAUGAGGAUGCUGGUGAGACUAGUAAUUUUAGCGUUGGGCAAGAGUGUUUGGAUCGACUUUCUAUUGCGUUGGGAGGGAAUACAAUCGUUCCCGUUGCAUCCGAGCUGUUGCCUGUGUUUUUAGCUGCACCGGAGUGGCAAAAGCACCAUGCUGCACUUAUUGCACUUGCACAAAUUGCAGAAGGUUGCUCAAAGGUAAUGAUAAAGAAUUUGGCACCAGUGGUGAACAUGGUUUUGAACUCAUUUCAAGAUCCUCAUCCCCGUGCACGAUGGGCAGCUAUUAAUGCAAUUGGACAGUUGUCUACGGAUUUGGGUCCUGAUUUACAAGUACAAUACCAUCAGAGGGUGUUACCAGCUCUUGCCUCCGCUAUGGAUGACUUCCAGAAUCCUCGUGUUCAAGCGCAUGCUGCUUCAGCUAUCCUCAACUUCAGCGAGAAUUGCACUCCUGAUAUCUUAACACCUUAUUUGGAUGGGAUAGUGAGCAAAUUGCUUGUCCUCUUACAGAAUGGAAAGCAAAUGGUGCAAGAGGGAGCUUUGACAGCUCUAGCAUCAGUAGCUGAUUCAUCACAGGAGCUCUUCCAAAAAUAUUAUGAUGCUGUUAUGCCGUACCUCAAAGCUAUCUUGUUGAAUGCAACUGAUAAGUCCAAUCGCAUGUUACGGGCCAAAUCUAUGGAAUGCAUUAGUUUGGUUGGAAUGGCUGUUGGCAAGGAGAAAUUCAGAGACGACGCCAAGCAGGUUAUGAAAGUUCUUAUGACAUUGCAAGGAUCGGAGUUAGAGACAGAUGAUCCCACUAUAAGUUACAUGCUACAAGCGUGGGCGAGACUUUGCAAGUGCCUAGGGCAGGAUUUUCUCCCGUACAUGAGUGUUGUCAUGCCUCCAUUGCUUCAAUCUGCUCAACUUAAGCCAGAUGUAACCAUUACCUCUGCGGGCUCGGAGGAUGAUAUUGAUCAAUCAGAUGAUGAAAGCAUUGAAACAAUUACCCUUGGGGAUAAAAGGAUUGGAAUUAAGACAAGUGUCUUGGAGGAGAAAGCUACUGCAUGCAAUAUGUUAUGCUGCUAUGCAGAUGAGCUGAAAGAGGGAUUCUAUCCCUGGAUCGAUCAGGUGGCUCCUACUUUGGUUCCACUUCUUAAAUUUUAUUUUCACGAAGAAGUUAGGAGGGCUGCUGUUUCAGCUAUGCCGGAGUUACUACGUUCUGCUAAAUUGGCUAUAGAGAAGGGGCAGGCUCAAGGUCGUAAUGAGUCCUACAUGAAGCAAUUGUCCGACUACAUUAUACCCGCUUUGGUGGAAGCUCUGCACAAGGAGCCUGAGACAGAAAUUUGUGCAAGUAUGCUGGAUGCCUUGAAUGAAUGCAUACAGAUUUCUGGAACGCUUCUUGAUGAGAGUCAAGUACGAUCUAUUGUUGAUGAGGUAAAGGAGGUCAUCACUGCUAGCUCAACUCGGAAACGAGAAAGGGCAGAGAGGGUAAAAGCAGAGGAUUUUGAUGCAGAGGAAGGAGAGUUGCUAAAAGAAGAAAACGAGCAAGAAGAAGAAAUGUUUGAUCAAGUUGGCGAGUUGCUGGGCACUUUGAUUAAAACAUUUAAGGCCUCUUUCUUGCCUUUCUUUGAUGAGCUUUCGUCAUAUUUAAUGCCUAUGUGGGGUAAGGAUAAAACAGACGAAGAGAGAAGAAUUGCUAUCUGCAUUUUUGAUGAUGUAGCUGAGCAAUGUCAUGAAGCAGCUCUCAAAUAUUACGAUACUUAUCUUCCUUUCCUAUUGGAAUCUUGUAAUGAUGAAAAUUCAGAUGUUCGCCAGGCUGCUGUUUAUGGACUGGGUGUUUGCGCAGAGUUUGGUGGAUCAGCGUUUAAACCCCUUGUGGGAGAGGCCCUUUCCAGGCUAAAUGUUGUGAUAAGGCAUCCAAAUGCACUGUCUUCAGAGAAUGUAAUGGCAUACGACAAUGCUGUAUCAGCUCUUGGAAAAAUAUGCCUGCACCAUCGUGAUAGUAUUGAUGCAGCUCAGGUUGUUCCUGCUUGGUUAAGUUGCCUACCAGUUAAGGGUGACUUAAUAGAGGCUAAAGUUGUUCAUGAUCAGCUUUGUUCAAUGGUAGAGGGGUCAGAUGGAGUACUUCUAGGCCUUAAUAAUCAAUAUCUACCUAAAAUUGUUUCGGUUUUUGCUGAGGUUCUAUGUGCGGGUAAGGAUUUGGCAACAGAUAGGACUUCAGGUCGCAUGGUUAAUCUUUUGAGGCAACUUCAGCAGACAUUACCACCAGCAACUCUGGCACAUACAUGGUCAUCAUUGCAGCCUCAACAGCAGCUUGUGUUGCAAUCGAUUCUUUCAUCAUAAUCCUGUCUGGUUUGGUAGUCCAUUACCCUAUUUACUACCCGAUUCUUUUUUGCAUUCUCAAUAUCAUUCUUUCCAGGGUGUUACAUAUGUUGCAAUUGCAAUCCUGUUUGGUUUGGUAUUUUGUCAGGGUUCAGAAAAAGCUCCAAGGUAGUCAGUGAGGGAUUUCACUCGUACACUGCAUACCACCUCGAGUAAUUACUGAACCCAAACUAUUAGUGGUGUAUUUUUGUUUGUCGCAUCGCUAACUUCUGUACUUCCAUGUGUACAAUAACAAAAGAAAAUUAAUAGUUAUGGUACUGGUAUUUGUCAAAAAAGAAAAAAGAAAAAAAAGAGUAUCGACACUGCACCUUCACAGUUCACACCGAUAAAAUCUAGUAAUUCUCCAAUUUUGCACCUCAAGAAAUUGCACUUUGAACAAAACUGAUGAUUAUCUUGAACAGGAUAAUCUAUUUCCCUUUUACUUUUUAGAUUGUUCAGCGAUUGUAUAUCAUUCAAUAAUUUGUAUUUUUAAUUGUAAAUUGGUGUACCUUAAAAGGAUGAGCCAAAAAAGAUAAUGUUUUAGGUAGGCUUGGAAUUUAAUAUAUAUUGCAGCUGUACCUGUAAUCGAGUGUAAUUGGUAUAGUUCAUUGGAAUCUAAAGUCUGCAAUAUAGUUUUUUCGGGCCCAAGCCAACCAA